AUGUUCGUCUCUGCAUUUUAUGGCUGGAGAAAUUCAGAGAGGCCAAGUAACUCACCUGCUGCAGGAUUACGGGACAGCCAGUACAGUUCAAAUGAUCAAAUUGCCCUUAAAAAUCUUCAGUCUGAUGUUAUAGAGAAGAAAUCUGACUUCACCGAGGAGACUCUGGCAUCGCAAAACCCAAAAAUGAUUUCAUCCGUAGUCAUUUCACAGCUGACUGACGAGAAUAAAUCAAAGGCAAACCGGGCGGCGCUGCCCGCGCCCUGCGCGCCCGCUCUGCACGCACGUCCCGCGAAGCCAUCUCGGGCGACCCGCAGCGGGGUCUCCAUGAGCCGGGCGUUCGCCCUCCUUCCCGGCAAGCGGGCCAUCCAGACACCUGCACCGAAGCCGGGACCUGACCCCGAGCUGCCGUCCAGUGAGGAGAAGCCGUGCAGCGGCCCCCAAAGGGGCUUUGCGUCCAUCACCAUCACGGCCAGGCGCGUGGGCCGCCCAGCCAGCGCCCUGGCGUGGGAGGCCGUGGGGGACCCUCCGUGCACCAAGUGCGCAGCCCAGGGCGCUCUGCUCGGGGACCCCUCUGCUCCGGCCGGGGGUACCUAUCCCCGCCCGCACCAUGGACCGUUCGCUUGCACGGAGUUCUCCAGAAACUGCUCUGUGGUGACGCUGAAGCUUCCCGAGACCCAUCCCCGGCCGUGCGGGGGUCACGAGUGCUGGGUCACCAACGUGGACAACCGAGAGAACGGUUUUCCUCCAGGGGCCCCGCGGUCGGGAAAGAGGCCGCUGGCGUUCAGCUCCUGCAUCCAUCUCAGGGUGUCUCAGCAGUGUCCGAAUUCCAUUUACUAUCUAGACCGGUCCCUCUCUGUCCCCAUCGAGCAACCUCAACUUGCUGGCCCUAAAAUGCACAGGUCGGUCCUGUCGCUCCACCUAAACUGUAGUUCACACAGAUUGACACCAGAUGGAGUAGAUGGCACAGAGAACGGAGGGCCAAUGAGCAGAGCCUUGAAGCCGGAGCUCACGGAGGGGAACCAGACCCUCCUAGGCCCCCGCUGGAACCCAGGUUUGCACAAAAGUCUCUUGAAGGAGAACCCGUUGCCGGAGCAGGUGCAUUUGCGGCCCAGCACCUGUCCCUGGAGUGGCUCACCUCUGUUGGAAAAUACAGCCUUCUCGGAGGUGGGAGCCAACCAGGUCACUGGAAGAAAAGGGAAAGAGGAUUGCGCAGCUCGACACGCCGGUGAUGGUGCCAACCAGCUGUCCAUUCACAUUCCUGGCUGGAGCUACACAGCAGGAGAUUACAAGUGCUGCGACUUGGUUGUAAAAAUAAAGGAGUGCAGGAAGAGGGAGGAGCCUGAGCCAGCGCCCCCCGAGCCAGCGCCCCCCAAGCCAGCGCCCCCCGAGCGACCAGAGACCCCUGACCUGUCAGAAGACUGUUCUGAGUAUCAGCAAACACCUGCAGGUUCCUUGACCUUGCAGGAAGCGCUGGAGGUCCGUAAACCCCAGUUCAUCUCUCGCUCACAAGAACGGCUGAAGAAGCUUGAACACAUGAUACAGCAGAGAAAAGCCCAGCGGAAGGAGAACAUAGUGCAGAAGCAGAGUGUCUUUCCUGUCCGCGCCGACAAGAAGCAGUUCACGGUUCCCCACCCUCUCAGCGAUAACUUGUUCAAACCCAAAGAAAGGUACAUUUCGGAGAAGGAGAUGCACCUGCGAUCUAAAAGAAUCUAUAAUAACUUGCCGGAAGUUAAAAGGAAAAAAGAAGAACAAAAGAAAAGAGUGAUCUUACAGAGUAACAGACUCCGUGCUGAAGUCUUCAAAAAGCAAUUACUGGACCAGCUGCUUCAAAGGAACGCGGUCUAAACACAGGCCGCCCUGCUGACCCCCUACCUGGACCCGAGAUGACUUCAAACGCUGGAUCAACCAUUAAACGUAGCAUCAUCUUCAUGAAAUGAAAACUUAUUGUAUUUUGGAUUUUUUUUUUCAGAAAGGAAAACCUAGCUUCCUGAAUUGCUUACCCAAACCACACAAGAACAGUAACCCUUGAGGAAAUGGGUCCCCAGACUCUAGAGGGGUGACCGGUGGGAUGCAAACCUCUAGACACAGCCCCUUCAUUUUUCCACUUUGGGACUUACUUUUAGAUUUGGAGUUUCAGCCACAUCCCACCGGGGUGGUGGGGGGAGGCCUUAUCCGUUCACAUGGGCCUAGAUCCCGGGGGGUUAUUGGUUUUGUUUUUUUUUUUAAUCAAAUUUGGGGACCUAAAUCUAUCACUUUUUAAGUAUCAAUCCCAACUUUUGCCAGUUCUGCAAACUCCAAGUUAGCACCCAUUAUUCUUCAAAAUUCCCUGGCUGUGUGGGCCACAGAAGGCUAGAAGCUGACCUUGGAAGGUAGUGGGCACUCUGCCAGAGGCCAGGGGCAUACAGCCUGCUCCUCUGUGACCUGGGGUGGCCAGGGCACCCUCACUACCCCACCCCGCUCUGAGUCCUCCUCUAGAAAAAGACUCUGUUUCCACAGAAGCCAGGAGAGCAGAAUUGGUGGGAAAAAAAUUAUAGGUGACCUCAGUGUUUACCACAAAGCCCCCCUCCUCCCAAAACAAAAGCCGGCCGGGUCGCCAAAAAUGGCCCGAUGGCUCCAGCUGUGCCGUCUGUCUUUCCAACGAUUGACAUUGUUCAAUAUUUAUAAAUGUGUGUUCGGGGAGUUAAGAACCUAACUAGUUUUUAUCAAAAAUGGA